UUCAUCGUAAACAAAACAGUUUCCUCCUCUCCUCCUGAUUUAAUUGAUGUUGAUAAGAAGUGAUCCCGUCAAAUGCGGCUUGUGAUUUUGAGUUCGAUCCCGUGAUGAAUUAUGAAUUCCAUGAGAUGAUUGUUGAUUUUUGAAUUUCAUUUAUUUGUUAUUUUGCUCAAAAAUAAUCUAUGCACACCUUCAAGUCGUGUGUUUUGACACUACAUUGAUUAUCAAAUCCAAGCGACUGUUUCAUAUGAACUUUCUUCGAACGGCAAACCGUUUACAAAUUGAAACACUCCGACGGUGCAUCAUGAGUACGAGUGGUGAAAACUGUACCGGUAUUUCGCUUAAAACAAUUACUCAGAAAUUGUUGGAAUUUGCUCCUGCAUCAUUGGCAGAAUCUUGGGAUAAUGUCGGUUUACUUCUCGAACCAACUCGCGACUAUCCCAUCAAUCGAAUUUUACUUACAAACGAUCUAACAGAAGAUGUGCUGGAAGAAGCUCUAUCUAUCUCCGCCAAUUUAAUUAUAUCGUACCAUCCGCCGCUAUUCGUACCAAUUAAAAAAAUCACUCAAAACACUUGGAAGGAAAGAAUUGUAUCGAAAUGUUUAGCUAAUAAUAUCGCUAUUUAUUCUCCUCAUACGACGUGGGAUGUGAUUGAAGGAGGAGUGAAUGACUGGUUAGCGAGUGCCUAUGAUUUUGAAAUAAAAAAACCACUAAUUGUGCAGAAGUGUGAUAUUUCUAAAUCGGAAUAUAUUGUAACUGUUGAGUCAUCGAGUGAUCAGUUAGUGAACACUUUGAACGCUAAACUAUGCUCAAAUGUCGAUUUCAAAAUUUUAUCGACAGAAAAAGUCAAUAAAUCCAAUAUCAAAUUUACGGUGCGAUGUUCAAAUGAUACGUUACAGACAGUUUUGCCAAUUUUAAAUCAAACCGAGGAUGUAUUGUACUUCUAUGUCAAUCCUCAUCAUAUGGCGGAAGAAUCUGAAAGAGGGCUUGGUCGUAUGUGUACGCUAAAAAAUGAAAUUACAAUCCAAGAAGCUGUCGAAAAAUUGAAAUGUCACAUUGAUGUGCCUCACGUCCAACUUGCUUUAGCCAGGAAAGCCACUCUCGAACACAAAAUAAAGACAAUAGCAUUCGUUGCCGGGUCUGGUGGUUCUGUGAUGAAAAAUAUUCACUGUGAUUUGAAAAUUACCGGAGAAGCGUCUCAUCAUGAAGUCUUGGAUUCUGUUCACAAUGGAGCGUCUGUGAUACUAACCAAUCACAGUAAUUCAGAGAGAGGCUUUCUUGCCAAGUUUAAGGAAAUUUUAGGUUCCCUGCUGAAUAAUUCCUGCGUUUCAAUUGUUGUUUCGAAAACAGAUUCGGAUCCUUUGAAAGUAUUUUGAUUAUUCAUUCACCAACGCAGAUAGGUAUGCGGAUUGUUGAGUAUUUUCCUUUUUUGAAAGCUAUGCGGGUAACUUUGAAAUAAAGAUUUAUCACAUUAAUAAUAAUUUAUAUUUUCAAUCAUUCCGGGAUACAAUGUCUUGAAUAAAUCAUACAGACGAGCAAUA